AGUUUCCGUGUGGAAAAAACAGCCCUCAAAUACACCAAAAAAGAAAAAAAAAAUAUCCAAUACUCAUAUGAAGUAUACUAAAAUAAAACAUCUUAAACCGAGUUGACGAAACAUAUAUAUCCAAAAAAUCGACCAUACCGACCGAAACAAUUAUGAAUUAUCUGAAUCAGAAAUAUUCAUUCAAUUAUGUGUUGCUCAUUUUCAGAGACUUCCUCUUCUCUUCUUUCAGUCUACUCCCUAAAAAUGGACCCUCCAACUACAUUUACACCUUUCAUAUUUCAAUGAAAAUUAUGCAACAACAAACAACCCCUUCAAAUUUUCUAACCCCUUUUACUAAAACCCUUUCAUAGCAUACAAAAGCUCCUCCUUAUAUUGCUCUAAACUUGUUGACAACUUUUUUUCUCUCUCUCUGAUUAGGUCAAUUUUUUGCUUCUUAAUUCCCUAUUUUCUUCCCUUAAUUUUCUCACCUGAUUUGUUUUUCAUGUUUUUACUUAUAGGUGGAAAGUCAGAAUCUCGUGGGUCUAAAGAAAAAAUUUUAAAAAAUAAUAAUUCAAACGAGCUAUAAAUAAAUAAAUAAAAACUCCUCUGUUUUUAUCUCCCCUGUUUUUUCUUCCAUUUGAAUCAAAAACAUUUUUUUUUUUGUUAUGAUGGGUGUUCAAAACUUGUUUUUUCACAAAACCCAUUUCGUUUUUCUCUUUAAAAAAUUUGUUUUCUUCUUCAAAGUUUUGUGGGUCUCUUUCUUUACUCUGUUUGGUUUCACAAGGAAAUGUCUUUUCAGAUUUCAGGAAAAGUUCAUAACCCAGAAGAAAAUUUUCAAUGUAAUUUUGAUUCAGCCACAACAAAUUGACCAAAAUAAUGGCAAUAUGAGUGAGGUGGAGGAUGAUAAUGAUGCAGUUGAAGUGGAAAAAGAGCAAUCAGAGCCUUUUCUCAGGUUUCGUUUCCCAACUUAUGAAGAAUUUCUUGAAAAUAAUAGUAAUUCAAUAUUAUAUGAAAAUUCAGAUGAUAAAUUUUCUCAUGUUGAGAAUAAGGAAGAUUAUGUGGAUUCUGAAAUUAAUGUAAUUUCUAAACCUUGUGAUGAAAUUUCAAUUGGUGAAGUGAUUGAUGAGCAUGUAAUUAGUUCAGAAAGUGAAGGUAUUAAUAGAAAGAGCAAUGAGAAUUGUUUAGAUGAUGAUUUGCAUGUUGAAAAUAUGGUUGAAGAUGGUGAUGUUUGUUCCGAGAAAGACAUUCAUAAAAUCAGUUCAAAUGGAGAGGAUUCUCAACAGGAUGGUGUUAGUGUUGUUUUUGGUGAUGUAAGAGGGAAUUUAGAAGAAAUGAAAGUUGGACAUGGGGACGAAGUGAGCGCACGAGUGAAUGAUUCGAUAAAUCACGAAAAUGUCGUGAAAACUGGUAGUCAGUUUCCCAUUCAUGAAGAGUCCUUGGUGAAUAAUGAAAAUGUCAUGGGAAAUGGUAGUCAGUUUCCUAUUGAUGAAGAGUCCUUGGUGAAUAAUGAAAAUGUCAUGAGAAAUGCUAGUCAGUUUCGUAUUGAUGAAGAUUCCUUGGUGAAUAAUGAAAAUGUCAUAAGAAAUAGUAGUCAUUAUGCUAGUGAUGAUGAUUUUUUGGUAUCGGAUAAUGAUUCGGAUUCAAUAGGUCCGAGCAGCGAGUCGAGCUUUAGGAGUUCGAUUAUUGAUUCUCUUAGUGAUGGAUUUCUGUCUGAUAUUGAUUUCGAGAGGGCGUUUGAGGUAGAUACUUCCAUGGAAUUUGGUUGUGAUGAGGUGAAUUUGAUGAAGCAAGCCUUAACAGAAGAAGAUAUAGAAUUGCAAAAUUUGAGCAAAGGAUAUGAAGCUGAUGACUGUGAUGAUGAGGAUGAAGAUAUAUUAGAAGAGCUUAAGAAUUUGGAGUCCAAUUUAGAAGGUGGUAAAGGUAACUCAAUUAAAAAACAUGAAGCAAACAGGGAAACAGAAACUGACAGCAAACAAAAUGAAGAAAAAGUAAGUUCUGGAGAGCAAUUAUCUUCUGAUUCCGACGAGCAAAACGGGUUGGAAACACAGUGGGAGCAUCAAGAUUUAGUAGAACAGUUAAAAAUGGAGAUUAAGAAGGUUCGAGCAAUAGGACUUCCAACUAUUUUAGAAGAGUCUGAGUCUCCGAAAAUAACAGAUGAUCUGAAGCCUUGGAAGAUUGAAGAGAAGUAUCAACGUGGGGGUACCGUAGAUGACCUGCAGAAGUUCUACAAAACCUACAAAGAGAGGAUGAGGAAAUUGGAUAUCCUCAACUACCAAAAAAUGUAUGCAAUUGGCUUUCUUCGGCUGAAAGAUCCACUUCAAUCAUUUACAAAGAACAAAAUCUCAACCCCAGCAUUGGCAACGAUUGUUUCUCUUGAUUGCUGGCCUUGUAAGCCAAAGUCAGUAACAGAAAUCCAUCAGCCAGUUAUGAGAAAGUUCACCAAAGAACUGGAGAGCGACUUGGAGAUGGUGUAUGUAGGCCAGAUGUGUCUUUCAUGGGAGUUCCUUCGCUGGCAAUAUGGUAAGGCCUUGGAGUUAUGGGAAAUUGAUCCACAUGGAAUUCACCGAUACAACGAAGUUGCAGAUAAAUUUCAGACAUUUCAAGUUCUAUUGACAAGAUUCUUAGAGGACGAGCCCUUUCAAGGUCUCAGAGUGCAAAAUUUUGUCAAGAAACGCUGUGUUCAACGGAAUCUUCUCCAAGUACCUCUCAUUCGAGAUGAUAAUACGAGGGAUAGAAAGAAAGAAAGAAAAGUGUUAAGCAGCAAAGAUGCCAUAACUAGCUUACAGCUUGUAGAGACCAUUGAAGAAUCAAUUCGUAUAUUGUGGCGGUUCAUUAAAACUGACAAAGACACCAACAAUGUUGUCUUGCUAAAAUGUCGAAGGGCCUCCAAAGUUGAACUCCAAAACCCAGCAGAUGCCAGUCUCUUAGGAGAAAUUCGAUCCAGUCUCCAAAAGAAAGAAAAGAAGCUGAAAGAAUUAACAAGGAGCGAGAAAUGCAUAUUGAGAAAAAUCCAAAAGCAUCAAGAAGAAGAAGGCUCAGAUGUUCUGUAUUUCUUCUCGCAGGUGGAUUUGAGACUAGUUUCAAGGGUAUUGAAUAUGCCAAGAAUAACUACGGAGCAAUUAAUUUGGUGCAGUGAUAAACUUAGCAACAUUCACUUGGUUGGCAGAAAAUUGCAUGUAGAGCCCUCAGUUUUGCUAUUUCCUUGUUCUUAGUGGUAAAAAUAGUGAUAUAUGGGAUGUAAAGUGGUAAAACUAAUCAUUUGUUGGGGUUAACAACAUAGAGAUUCGUGUAUAGGUAGAAUGUGAAUAAAAGGAGGCCUUUCUCUUCUGAAACUUAGAAUGUGAAUACAAGAGUUGUAGUAGAAAAUACAAAUAUAAAUAAAACGACAAUAUCCUCCCACCUAUUUUGGGGUUGCUAAUUUGUAAUAAUAAUGAUUUUGUUGGUCA